AUGCAGGCUUCCGCCAAGCCUGAUGCAAGGAAACACUGCCAUCUCGUGGUCAUCUUGGAACACAGCACCUCGGUUCUGGGCGAAGCUGCCGAGAGCCAGGACUUGAGACAUAAGCUGCAUUUCUGCAGGACAAUGAAGAUAGAGGUGCUGGAUGUUAAUGAUGUGCUCAGGGACAGCUUGGGAGCAGUGACAGCCUCUUGGCCCUCUAUGCUGGCCAUGGAUGCCCUGGGGUCCCAGCAAUUCAUCACAUCUCCAAAGUGUGGUGGCUGCAGGCAGCGGAUCUCCUGGCAUUCCACCGAGGCUGCCACAUUUGGAAGUGUUGUCAGUCUUAUUGGUGGACAGUUUUUCAUCAGUGCCGCAAAAGGCCUGAAGACAAUUUUUGAGCUGUUUAACAUGUUUCAGGUACAUAACUCCAGAAAUCACUUAUAUUGUGAUCCCAUUUUCCAGAUGGAAAAACUGACCUUCAGAGCUAGGACAUCAGAGGAUGAGUUGAUCCUAGGAAGGUCGUUGGUGUAUGGCUGCCUCUACCUCCUCUUUCCCCUGGGGAAGGGGCCCGGAAAGAGUGGUGCCAGUGCCCAAGUUCCAGGCAUGGGUGCGUCGUGCCCCGAACUCUUUGGCCUUAGCAUUUCCCCGUCAACUCUUCUCCAUUCGUAUCUGGGUCAACGCCCAGUUCUGGACUUCCCACUCUGUGUCGACAACGAUGGCAGUCCCAGAAGGAGCCAUGCAGUGGGGUCCAAGAGAUGGCAGGUGGAGGGAGAACGCUUCCGAUUUUGCACUGAACUAACAAGAGGAGACCGGGACCUGGGAGUCCGGAGCUUGGGUUCAGACGCUGCCGGAGGCACCCCCGACCAGCUCAGCCUGGGGAGCCGAGGCGAUCCUCCCACCCUUCGCUACAGGGCCAAAGAGCAACCAACGGCUCCUAACCAACCUGUUGAAAUAUGUCAAUUAGGAGGGUCUGAGCCCUAUACCCUGGGCUGUCUGGACAGAGGGCGCGGGGCCCAGACAAAAUUAUCUUUGGAAAAAGAAAACCGGGGUUCGGAAGAGAUUCUGAGGAUCCGCCCGCUGGUCACUUUCAGAGGCGCGCCUGAGCAGACGUACGGCGAGGUGAACCAGCUGGGCGGCGUGUUCGUCAACGGCCGCCCCCUGCCCAACGCCAUCCGCUUGCGCAUCGUGGAGCUGGCGCAGCUGGGCAUCCGACCCUGUGACAUCAGCCGGCAGCUUCGCGUAUCCCACGGCUGCGUGAGCAAGAUUCUGGCGCGCUACAACGAGACAGGGUCCAUCCUGCCCGGGGCCAUCGGGGGCAGCAAACCUCGUGUCACUACCCCCAACGUGGUCAAGCACAUCCGGGACUACAAGCAGGGCGACCCUGGCAUCUUUGCCUGGGAGAUCCGCGACCGGCUGCUGGCCGACGGCGUUUGCGACAAAUACAACGUGCCCUCUGUGAGCUCCAUCAGCCGAAUCCUGCGCAAUAAGAUUGGCAGCCUGGGUCAGCCGGGGCCUUACGAGGCGAGCAAGCAGCCGCCGCCGCAGCCGGCCCUGCCCUACAACCACAUCUACCAAUACCCCUACCCCAGCCCUGUGUCGCCCACGGGCGCCAAGAUGGGCAGCCACCACGGGGUCCCGGGCACAGCAAGCCACGUCAGCAUUCCCCGUUCGUGGCCCUCGGCGCACUCGGUCAGCAAUAUCCUGGGCAUCCGAACAUUUAUGGAGCAAACAGGGGCCCUGGCUGGGAGCGAAGGUGCCGCCUACUCCCCCAAGAUGGAAGACUGGGCCGGCGUGAACCGCACGGCCUUCCCGGCCACCCCUGGAGUGAAUGGUCUUGAGAAACCUGCCUUGGAGGCAGACAUUAAAUACACUCAGUCGGCCUCUGGCCUCUCUGCGGUAGGCGGUUUCCUCCCGGCCUGCGCCUACCCUGCCUCCAACCAGCACGGCGUGUACAGCGCACCGGCCGGCGGCUACCUCGCCCCCGGCCCGCCUUGGUCGCCCGCGCAGGGCCCCCCGCUGGCGCCCCCCGGGGCCGGCGUCACUGUGCACGGCGGGGAGCUGGCCGCAGCGAUGACCUUCAAGCAUCCCAGCCGGGAAGUGGCCGACCGGAAGCCUCCCAGCCCCGGCGGCAAGGCCCCAGACGGCCUGAGUGGCUUACACGGACUGCCCAUCCCGGCCUCGACCUCCUAG